UAUAAAUAUAUAUAAAUACGACAAAAUGACAAUGGCCAGCAAUAUCGUGGUCGAGUGGUUGCGUUCGCUCCAUCUCGGCCAAUAUUCCGAAUCGUUCAUCGAUAAUGGUUACGACGAUCUCGAGAUUUGUAAACAAAUUGGUGAUCCCGAUUUGGACGCAAUCGGUGUAUUCAAUUUAACUCACCGUGCACGUUUAUUACAAUCGGUUAAAACGUUGAGAGAGGAGGGAGCUGCAAGCGUUUAUUUCACAUUGGAAGAAACGAACGAGUGUCUUUGCGAUAAUGUUAGUUCAAAAUCAUCGAGAACGUCUUCGGAAAGACCACCAAGCGACAAGGAUGUACAAAGGGCAUCACCAACGGCUAGUUCUUCGAGCGGUGGUCAAGAAUUAACUAAAUUUGCGGAUGAAUAUGAAGAAGGCAAAGCUGAAUUGGUCAGAAUCCCUCGGAUGCAACUUAGGAUGCUACUGCAAGAGAAACUCAGGCAUGACGGCAUCAGACUCGCUUGUCAACCUUAUACUACACCGGAAGGCGAGAGGGGAUACUUGGAGGGACUAGCUUCAAGGUAUGCAGACCUCUUCAGAACGCAUUACGGAGAUGUCCUGGAGCCGCUUGAGGAGCUACGCCGACGCGAAACAAAUGCUUCCCCCAGAAUGCCCAACACUCAACUUACCACCAGUCAUUCACAGCCCAUUUACGUGCCUGGAAAAUACUCUCCAUCGAGCUGUCUCAGUGAUAAAGAAGAAGAUGAGAUCUAUGGGUUUGGUUAUGGUGUUUUCAGUAGACAAAUGCUUCAACAUCGUCAACAAAAACUCGCACUAGCAACACAAAAUGCAACAGUCAUGACAGCAGCUGGUCAUCCACAACCCUACCAAAGUUGUCUGAGCCCGAGAUCAGCAUUUUUCUACGAAUUUCCACCUAAUGAACAAGGACAUAACACGAGUAAAAAGAAGACCACGUUCUCGAGGUUAUUGAGGGGUUUAAAAACACACAAGAAAGAAAAACAAGGACAAACUCAGGGUUCACCGAGACAUGGUAGAACGAGAAUGGGUGUACCACAAAGAGUCGAUACACCGGACAGCGUCCUUCAAAGUGGAUUAGGUCCAGGACCAGAUAUGGGUCACACGAUAUUACGUUCGAUGGUAGACCCACGAGAUUACGACCGACUGAGGUAUUUGCAAAUGAAUGGAGGUCAGCCAAAUAGCUUUGAAGAGACCAUAAAUAGGUUGAAAGUUCAAGAGGCAUUAAGGCAGAAGGAACGAUUUCAUAAAGAACAUGAAGAGAUAUUGAGAGACAUAAGACACGGAUUAAUGCAGUUAGGACGAGAUGGACGAGGUCAGGUUACAGGAGAUGACACCUACAUGUACGAUGAAGAUGCCAGAUGUGGAGGUACCGGUGGUUUGGGUGGUGGUUUAGGAGGUCAACAUUGGUACGAUGAACCACCAUACGAAUCGGACCCCGAAGAUUUUCUUAUGGGAGCAAGUGGAGGUCCCGUGCCUACAGCUACCAUACAAAAUGGAAGAGUAUGCUUUACGUUAAAUCCAAGACCGGAAAAUCGAGGGGAAGGAGUGAUCUCCUUGAGAACAGCAGGAGACAUAAGUCUACCACGUGAACGUUCAAAAGGAGCAGCUUCGACGAUGCGAGGAUUGAUCGUACCUCAAGGCCAUAACAAUCCACCAACGAUCAUACCUUUAACCCAUUCCAGGGCUUCACGUGAGAGUGGAGAUUACGCGAGCAGUGACGUUCAAAGCCGGAGUAGCGGGGAGGAGGGACUUUCGCCGAGCCAGAGCAGCGACUACGAGGAACAAGAAGAACUUGAGAACCAACACUCCGCCGCUACACACACAUCGGAGGCGAGUGCACUGUUGGACGACGAAACAAAAAGUGGUGUGAUAGGAAUUGGUGGAGGUGGUGGUGGUGGUGGUAGUGGUGGACGUGCGAGAAAUCUACGACAUGACGUACAAACUAAGAUCUCAAGACUCCGUCAGGAUCGUGCGUCUUCCGAGGCCUUUCCAUGUAGCGCAAGUAGCGUCGAGAGUCUUCCGAGCGGAAGUGGUUCUAGCACGCAAGCAUUAGUCAGAGCGGGAAGUAAUCACAGCUCGAUAUCGUGCGAGGAAAGGGACGCCAUAAGCCCGACGUCAAUCGGCCCUGUACUUUGCAGGGCGAGAGCCUUGGUCGAUUACACACCUAGUCCUUACGAUAAGGACGCGCUCAAAUUUAAGAAAGGAGAUAUCAUCGACGUUGUACAGAUGAACAAGAGUGGUUUAUGGAAAGGUGUCGUCCACAACAGAAUAGGACACUUCAAAUUCAUAAACGUGGAAAUAUUGAACGACAGAGUUUCAAGACGUGGUGACUCGGAACGUAGUAGCAAGUGGGGUCAAAGAUACAGGCAAAAACCCGGAUCAGUUCAAGAGCUCUUACAAAGAAUGAAUCUUCAGGAACACAUUUCCGUUUUCGUGCUGAACGGUUACGAGGAUUUGGAGCUGUUCAGGGAAAUAGAGCCAGCGGAUCUCGAUUAUUUGAGUAUACAUCAACCGGAGCAUCGUGCCAAGAUACUUACAGCCGUACAACUACUACACGACCUUCAAUCUGGUAGCGAAGGAGAUUUGGCAUCGAGUUCGGAAGGUGACGAAGUUAGCAGAUUAGUUCUUCAUUCGGGUCAAACAUCCGGCCAUUGUUCACCGUUCAAUCGACGCCAAUUUCCAAGAGAUUCUGGUUGUUACGAUGCUCAUAAGAACCCAACGAGUCGUCGAAACGUCAGUCCGGAAUCUUCAUUGGGAACCAAAAUAUCGAGAGAAAAUAAUUUAGACGGUAGCAUUCAAAAUAAGAUAACUGCUGGUAACGUAAGCGGUGAUGGUAAUUCAUUGGCAGACGUUAAGGAUGAUUUUCAUCCUAACAUACCAAUAGGUGGAUCAAUGUUAUCCCAAAAAGAUGGACAAUUUGAUAAAUCACCAUUGUUACGUGGUGGUAGUGGUAGGGCAAUCGGAAAGAGAAGUAAUUUCGGUGAAACUGUGGUAAUCGAGGAAAGCUGCGAAGGUAAUCAAAAACUUGGCAUGGUCAAAUACGUUGUUGGUGGUGGUGGUACCACUGAUCUUGGUUUAGAUGCUGCACGCGAAGUUGCAACAGCUUUGAGUCAACGUGGUUGUUUGAGCGAAAAAUCAAGCGAUUCUGGUGUUAGUUCGUCUAGCAUUAGUUCAGCACCACCCCCAAGAGACAAGUCCUUGGUUACCGCCACCUGUACCGCACCAACUUCCGUUUCACCGACUAAAAAUCAAUUUGGUAAUUUUAACAGAACGCAAACGAUAUCACAAACCAGUUCUAAAAAUCAAGGUAACGCUAGCUCGGAAUAUCCGUAAUUUGUCUAGGAUAUGAUUAUGAUUAUUAUUAUUAUUAUUAUUUUGAUUAUUAUGAUUACUAUUAUUAUUAUUGUUAUUAUUAAUAUGCGCGUUAAAAUAAUUACGAACGAAAUAUUAGAAUAGGCUCCUCUUUUAAGCAAACUUAAACUUUUAUUUGAAGCAAAUAAAAAAUAAUAAGCAAGAUACGAGAUUAAUUAAACUGAUGGAUUAAACAUGGUGUCCUCUUGAUGGUGUUUCGUUUAAACAUCUAUUCUUAUAUACAAAUAACGAAGAAAAAGGAUCCUAACCAUCUUGCAUUUUUUUUUUUUUUUGACUAAUUGUAAAACAUUUUCAAACUUUCUACGUCGUCGUUCUAUCCUUCGAAAAUAUUAUUUGUAGAGAAUGAUACAGAAAAAAAUAUAUACAUAUGAGAUCUAUAUAUAUAUAAACAU